AUGCCAGGCCCGCCGAGGCUCCCGCUCGACCCGUACCCGCAAUUCCUCCUCUCCUCGCUCGACAUUGAUCUCGACAACCUCGACCAGCUACACCCGUACCAGCUCGCGCUCGUGCAUUUCAGCCCACUUGCGACGCCCGAACAACGCCUAAGGGCGGAUGUGCUGUGGUGGCAGAAGCGGAGGGAGGCAAUCGAGGGAAGCGGCGAGGAAGUCGGGUGGAGCGAAGCGAGUGCAGGCUUGAGGCAGAUGAAGCGGGCGAGGGAGUGGCUCGAGGGAAAGGUGCCAGGGAGCAGCAAGAUGCGGGACACGGGAGUGCAGACGGAUCCACCGCCAGCUCCUCCCCCUACGACUCCGCAGCGAGCGGUUACGCCGCCAACGCCCACCCCUGAACACGCGUUCACCCAAUCUUCGCCAACAGUCGGUUCCGUUCACUCCAGUAACCCGACCGCAACGAGUCCUUCCUUCGACUUCUCCUUCGAAUCAAACGAGCCAUGUCCUCCCGCUCUUCAUUCGCAAUUCCAUAUUCUCUGGUGCGGCGACAUCGCACCCGCCGUCACUCCCGCCCUCUUCCUCUUCUUCCUCGUCCGCCGCACCCGCAACCGCCUCCCUCGUUUCUUCGCCCUGCGUCGAGCGUCGUCCGGUGCCUUCCUCCUGGCCUUUCGCUCGUCAGACGACGCGCACAUCGCGCAGCAAGACCUAGACGGCGAGGCAGUCCCGCACAUGAAAUGCCGGAUCAACGCCGUCGUGCGAGGCAACUCGGGCAGCGAGUUCAAGUGGCGCGACUUGAGCGUCGACACGAGGCAGUGCUGGACGAAGUACCGGAGUCUGCCCCCCCAACAGUUGGUCGACCAGGCCAAGCCGGCUGGGAAAGGCAUCACGGUCUCGCAGGACUAUCACGACGAGUUGCAGCGGAUCAAGGACGCAGAGGAGCAAGAUGAGCGACGAUUAGCGGACGAGGCGCGCGAGGCGACCCUCAAGUGGCGACGGGACAACUGGGGCGGCGAUUACGACGGCCACUCGGACUCGUGCGAGUCCUGCCCUGCCCAGUACGACAUGACGGACGACGAGCGGGUCGAGCGCGUUCUGAAGAUCAUCAAAGACAGCAAAGCCGCCUAUCCUGACAUCCAAGGUCCCGUCUGGCGACCGAUCCUCAAGUCGCCGGUCUUGCGAAGCUUCGUACGGGCUUACGGCUUCACGAAGCUCGGUCUUCGAGCCGACCAGAUGCCUUGGUACCGACCUCCGCCGCCUCCUACCGCUCCACCAACUCCGCCUCCUGGCCCGCCUCCACCGCAGCAGUCCCCGGCUCAACAACCUCCUCCUCCGCCUCAACCUCGCCACCAGCAUCUUCCUCCGCCUCAGCCCCCCGCGCCCCGCCUACCCCCUCGUCCAACCUUCACGCCAACGGCAACGUACGACUCAUAUCCAUCCUUCGCUUUCGGUGGUGGAUCAACUGUGGCUCCGACGAACCAGGUUCCGCGACCUGGCCCUUCCUCCUCCUACCCAGCCGGAAUCUCACUACCCUACACCGGUGCCAUCGUAACCAACAUCGUCCCGCCGGCCGGUCCUUCGCACACACCGGCUUAUCGGCCGUACGAUUUCGGAGGUUGGACGGCGCAGAAACGCGGUGCCGCAGGGGACCAGAUGACGGAUCCGAGCAAGCGGGCGCGGUAUGACGCAGGUGCAGCGUACGGACGGACGUGA